AUGCCCCCCAAACACAAUAAUCCUGAGGAGGGUCAAACCACACCAUCUCAGCCAUGGUCUGGGCGCUGCUCACGCACUACCAAGGAUGAUGAGUCCACCACCAUUCCCAUCAUCAAGGCUGAAACCAAACCUGAGCCUUGCCCCCCAAAGAUCCAAUGGGAUUCCAAUGAAUGCUGGACAGACCGCCUCAUUGAAUACCUCACAAACCACCUAGAUGUACAACUCAAGAUGUUCAGCGACUCUGUCAAGGAUGCAAAGAAGGAGUCACGCAAAAAGGUUGUUGGUAGCAAACCCAAGGUCGAAUACUAUUGUGAGAUAGCAAAGGCAGUCUUUGAUGUUGGGGGUGAGGAAGAACGCGGUGCUUAUUUAAUGGAACCUGAGCGCUAUGCAACUUCUGUCUUGGGUCGGAUCACCUAUUUACAGAAGACAUAUACUACAUAUCGCAAGACAAUGCAGAACACUGGUGAAGGUCUGAAAGAUGAGGAUGAGAGUCAGUCCGAGGUGUAUAGAAACCAGCUAGAGAAGAUUAAAGCAUCUUUCCCUUGGUGGAACACACUGCAUGCUUGGUGGUCGGAACAUCCCAAGUAUGCAUUUCAAAUGGUAACAAACUUGACGAGUGGUGCCAGAAAAAUGACUUGCAGGCCCCCGAUGUUAAGCCAAGGAUGGAUCUGGAAGACUCCAGUUCCUCCUCAUCUCACAUGCUUGCAAGGGCAGCCUCUGCAUCAAUCACACUGA